AGCUAGCCGUCUUGCGUCAAGAUCGGGUCCUGGCAAAUCCCUCACCGACUCCCAUGGUUGAAACAAGUCCGUCGCCCAGCUUUCAUUCAUGCAGCGUCUGGUAUCGAUGUGAGACAUGCAGGAGAAGUACAAUGAGAUAGGCUUUGUCCAGCAAAUACUCGGUUUGCAUUUAGUGCCGAGAAAAAAUGGGAACGACACAUCUCUCACCGACUUCUCAGAGAUGUGGUACGGAGUGUUUCUCUGGGCAGCGGUCUCCUCUCUGGUCUUCCACCUGCCUGCAGCUCUGCUCUCCCUCGCCACGCUGCGCCAGCACAAGAUAGCCCGAUUCAUGCCCAUCGCCAUCCUCCUCAUGGGCAUCGUGGGACCAGUUUUUGGGGGAGUACUAACCAGUGCAGCCAUAGCAGGUGUGUACAAGGCAGCAGGAAAGACGAUGAUCUCUUUGGAGGCUCUUGUUUUCGGUGUGGGACAGUCAUUCUGCGUCCUCAUCAUCUCCUUCCUCAGGGUACUGGCCACUCUUUAGCAGUUCUGAGGCCACCUGGCGGGCCCUGCUGCUGCUGCCGGGUGAGUCUGACACACAUUGUACCUUCUCUUGACGGGACCUGAGUCUAACAUGGUACAAGACUAGAUCCCUGGCGAAUCCUGGGACAUGUGUAAACCAGCCAGGCCCAGGACAUGAUGUCAUUUCCUACCGAUGGACCAAGACCAGAGUGGAUUUUAUCAAACUAUCUAAGAACGAUGUCCAGUGUAGGACAGCACAAUGCUGCAUUCACAUCACAGGGAGACCGCACACUACAAGCUUAUUGGAGCCUUUUGGAAUAAAUUAUUGUAUUUUAAAUGAAUAUUAUGAAAUUUGCAGUUCUUCCAGGUUGAUGUGAAGGCAGCACGAUGCUGCCCUCUGCUGUUGCCGGGGUUACAGGUCAGCAGCAGGGUGACAAUAACCUUUCUCAGGGGCUGUGUGUUUGUCUCUUUCACUAUCAGUCUGACAACAGUUUUAACUCCAUGCAACGACUGCAGAGAGACAGAACAACAGGCAGGCUGAUGCACUGUUGAGAUACAAAGAUGAUGGUUAUAUGCAAGAUUCUGGCUUUUUUCCCUUGAGGCCUUAAUUUCUAUAUCUAUUUUCUAACUUCCAAAGUGGUGUUUAUCUUCAGGGGUGUCUUUCUUUAACACUGUCUCUGUCCUGCUGCUCCUUUUGUUCUUCCUCAGAUUCUUUGCUCACAUUGGUUCAAGUCAGACUGCCUCUGUGUGUUUUAUUGUUGUCAAAUUUCUAAGAAAUACCUACGACAUGUUCCCUUCUGGAUUUCUCAGCUCGUUUAUUUUAGACAAGCGUAACAAGUAAAGAGGUUUUAUAGAUCAUAUAGGACUUGCAAACCGAGCCUAGAGAAUGUCUUCAGUUUCUCUGCUCACUUUCUUGCUUUGUUUGUUCAUUCUGAGUAAAGAGAUUAGGGGCACCACCAGGAUGGUCACAUUACUAAACAAGCCACAAAAAUGAAAAGCACUUUUCAUGUUUUCUUUUCUUUUAUCUCUUUGAAUGAUGGUAUGUUUUACCACCAUGUCAUUUUGUGGCACUGAUUUGUAUAGAUUCUAAAUUAUUUACAGGUCUUGGUAGCUUUUAAAUCUUUAUGACCAAAUAUGGUUUAUUCCUCUGCACAUGAUGGUUCAACAGAAGUGUACUCCCCUUGUGGUUUUUAUGGAUUCUUCAAAUUCCAGCAGUCUUCUUUGACUGCUUUUUAUUUGCUUUGGGUAGCUGACAGUUGCUUUUUGAAUUGGUAUCAUGUGCAAUUUGCAUAUAAGCUACAGACAUUCACUAGGUGAACACUACAUGUAAUACUUUUAUUUGUAAAAGAAAAAGAUGAUUCUUUGUGAUGCUGUUUCAUGACAACUGCUUGGUUAUGAUUUAAAACAUGCUGCUGACACCACUAGCAGAAAUGUAUUUAUUGUUUUGACAUGGGUUUUGAUUUUAUAUUUAAAUUGUCUUGUUUAAAAGCUGCUUCUAUCAUCCCUGCAUUGGGUCAUUUCCACAAAUCACAUAAUUGCAUAAACAUCAAGAAACUAUUUUGGUAUCAGCCUCACAAAUUUGUCAUUGAAUUUGAUGAAAAUGUCUCCUCUUGACUAUAAACAAGGCAAGGUGAAUCUGCUAGAGGGCCCAGGACAAAACAAAGGAGCUGUGGGCCCCCAGAUUAGUUUAAUUUAAUCAUUUUUUUUUCAUUAUGCACUCCGUAAGCAUAACAUCACAAUAACUAUUAUUGGUUGACACAGAAUCUCUCUAAAAGUUUGAGUUGGAUCAAAUUUAGAAGCCGGCUUAAGGUCCAUACAAUUAGAUUUUGAAUGUGCUUAAAUUGUGCAUAUUUCCAAUCAGAAAUGAGAGUAAUUAAUAGCGAAUAGACAAUGAAGCUUCAUGAACCCUUUGCUUUUAUUUUUGACCCCACUAGAUGGCGCUGUUGGCUUUAAAAAAAGGCCUUAGCAAUGGCAAUUGAGUUUCUUUUCAGCCCUUUGUUGGACAAAGAGCGCCAUCUAGUGGGCUCCGUAAGUAAAGCAAAUGGUUCACGAUGCUUCGUUGUCCCUUCACUAUUAAUUAAAUAACCACACAUGCAUUUCCAUGCAGUGAACCUGGAGCGUUCAAAGAUUGCUCAUGAUCGCUUAUCCCAGUUGAGAAUCGAGUUUUGAUCAUUAAUGGAAGAAAGAAAAAACAAGGUGUGGUUAAAAUCUGGGGUCCAGAUGCAUAGAGCUCUCUCUCUUCAACCAAGGGAUGAACAAAAUUAUCUAAUUAAUUGUAAUCUAAUGUGAUUAACACACAGUUGAUAGGUUUUAUUUUCUUAAGACCGUAGCUUGUUUUAAUGUAUAUUUGUCAACUCUUGAGUACCCAUUUGUGUGUGUUGUCUUUUGGAUGUGUUUGUCGACACAUCCAAAAGACAACACACACAGUCCACUUUCACAUAGUGAGCAUAUGUGAGUACAUCAGCUCAGAGUCAGAGCCAAAACUCAUUUGUUGAUUGUUUAUUAACCCUCAUGUCUCAUGUAUUUUCAAAAAUGACACGUAGGAGUUUGAGUUGACCUUAUAUUUGUCCUUAUAAAUGCGCUUCAUUUACCACCACCUCUCUGAAGACCAGUUUAUGUAUAGGAAAUGGCGUAGGCAUGGUUUUGUGUAUACUUCAUACAUCUAGCCCCAGAUGUUGACUAAUUUCUGUCAGAUCCAUUAUGUUUCUUCCUUUAUGGUUUCCAGUAUCUUAAUUUCUAUGCAAAUGUUUUGUCCACAUUGCAUAAAAAAUAUUGUUUUCCAACAUUUCACUGCUUAAACCAUAAGAAUCUUAAUGAUCCCAGGAUUGGGAGCCCUUUUAGCUCAUGCAGAAAUAAAGAGAGAGGAGAGCAAAGAGCAGAUUUUCUCAUAAUUCCCUCAAAGAAUUUCUUUAACCCCUUUAAAACCAAAGAUGGCUUGAAUUUCUCAUGUGCGUUUCCCUGUGCUUGUCGAACUACUCUUCAGUACCUCUGAACCUGAAGUGCAUGUAAAGGUGCAACAACAAAACAAGUAAAAUGUACAAACUAGGGAAGGACAUGAUCAGAAAAUAAACUUUAAAAACAACACACUCAGAUUGUAAUGACAGGAGUAAAGAAGUUCAGCACCCAUGGGACCAACUAUGUGACAGGACAUGUCUAGCUGAAGACUUUAGAGGCCAGCAGGAAAGGAUAUUUUUGCUUUUUUCUUCUUCUAGAUGCAUUUAAUGGUAGGUCUUUUAGAGCCCCAAGACUAGAUUCCCUGGCAUACCAAACCACUAACUUCAAGUUUGUAAUUUCAGUUUUUCAAGUUUGAAUUUCUUUUCAAAGCUCAGUGUGUAGCAUCAUACUGAGGAGUUAAAUGAAAGUUUGCAUAAUGGAUCCUACAAAGACCUGUUGGUGAUGCAGUUCAAAAACCUUGCACCUCAUUGGAAUGUGUGGCUGAUACAGAAACAAACAAGCCUUGUUUGAACUGACCCCUUGGCCUUGCUUUUAACGCUGUACAUUUUGGAGAAUGUUUAUUUUUUUAUGCCUGUGUAAUUUUGCUCUUUGAGCGUGUGUUUGCUCUCUGGUUCUGUCACAGCAGCACAUAUUGGAGAGGAAAGUAUAUUUUGGUAGUCUGAACUCUGCAUUAGUUUAGAUAGGUGGACCUAAUAAAUUAUCUAAACUGGUCACAAUUGAGACAUGUUGAUAAAGUUUUAAUUUUGACCGUCUUAAUCAUUUUGAUUUUAUUUAUUUUUUGUCAUCUGCUACGUUUUUACAUUCAGCGUUCUUAUUUUCUGGUAGAUAUGGGCUUGAUAUGAAUUCCCUGACCCCUGGAAUGUUCUUACAAUCAGUUUUUUUUGCCAGAUGUAUUGAAUUAAUGCAAAUUAUCUGUGAUUGACAGCCAGGUAAAGUAAAUGUGAGAUUAAAUGUAAUAUCUGCUGUUACAGAACCAUUCAUUUCCACAUGGUUUGGUCCACAUUCCUGGACUGAUUUUGUCCCAUUUUUACCAGAUUGAAAAGGUUUUAAAAGUUGAUUUUAUUAGAGUAAAUUAAGUGCCAAUGGUUAAUAUUUUCAUGGAAUAAAAAUGUUUCA